AGGCACGCGAACAAGUGUUUGGAACAUAUGUACGUAUUUUGUCGAAGCAAGUACUGGUCUUGGUCUUCCGGUGGCUUGCCACGACCUACUCGCUCCGCGAGCAGCUAGAACCACAUUUAAGGAGAGAUCAGCAAGCUAUUUUGAUCGAUAGGCAUGCUUAUGUACUGUAAAGUACUUCACGCGCCAAACGAUAAUCCACGGAUCGAUUGUGCAAAGUAUCAAACUAUGAUCGAUUAUGAUCUUGAUGAUCAUGCAUCAAUCCCCCCUCCCAUGAUGAGGAUAACAGCAUCAAACUUAAAUUCGGACUCCGUUUACGUUAUGCAACUUGUAUGUGAAUGCUAUGCCAAUAACGUUACAGUCAACUAUCGGAUCCAGCGCGUCAAUUGGAAGCGAAACGCACUAACGCAAACUAGUGCAAUAUAUACACAGCAUCGAGACGCGACGAGAACCACUAGUACUUAUGCAAUCGAGGGGCCCUUCCUGAACACCCCUGACGACGCGGGGCGUUCGACCUUUAACAAACUCGAUCGCGCCCCCGGGGCGGCUAUAACAACGAGUACCGUUAUCGGGAAACGCCACUUGCAAACCAGUAUCACGUACUACCACUAGCCUUAUCGAAUCUUGGAUCCCUGGGGUUCCACCUACCAUAUCCAGAUCUAUCCGUUUUGUUUUGUUUUUUUUUUUGAUUUACACACAACUUGACAACAAAAAAUUCCGGGAGUCGCUACAACCGACGGUGGCUUACACAGUACUGACACUCCCAAUCAGUCAGCAGUAACCCAAGGCCCAAAGCCAUGUGCGCUUAUGCAGUAGUUACAGACGCUAGUUUAACGACGACAUUGCUGGAAACCACGCAUACUUUUUUGUUGCCGACCCUUCAUACCGAAAUCGAUCGAUCACCUGUUACAUAA